AUGGCGCAAGAUAAUCCCAAUCUUCCUCAAUUUUACACCCAGAACCCUUAUGAUGGCACUCCUUACGACGAGUCUCCCGGUGCUCAAACACUAGGUGGUCCAUCGCCAGGUGCUCAAUCCGGAGGUGGCUUAUCCCCCGGGGGCCCAUCGCCAGGCGGUCCACCACAUAGACAUGGAUCAACUGAUUCCAGGCACGAAUUGCUUCGCCUACCUAUCCAACCAAACCCUGCGCACAUUGACUCCAAUCAGGACUCUAUACCACCAACCCAACCAGCCACUCAACCAAACAUUGCGUCAAAAUCGUCGAGUGUCCGGAGAACGACGGGACAGGCUGACCCAAACGACUGGUAUAAUGCUGCUGUGCGAGCUUACAACGCACCUGAAGAAACUCCUAGCCGUAUGAGGAAGCCAUCACGGCAAUUUCAUAAUGCUCCACCGCCUACCCCACCACAGCACCGCCCCGUCUACGUGGAAGACGACUACUCAGACGAGGAAGACGAGCCUCGAGUCUACCGUUCUCGCUACACCAGGCCACACCGACGUCCCCCUGUCACAUAUGAGAACUAUUACGACUUCAACUCUCGUUAUGGGCCUAUUCCCACACGAAAAAGAAGCAUUAUAGAUCCGUAUUCUGAUCUGCCAUCGAAACCUCAAUAUCACAUGCACUAUGGCAGCGAUGAUGAGGAGCGCUACAAACCGCGCCGUCCUGGUAUGCCCGGAGCAGCAGGCGGAAGAGGACCACCUUCACCGCCGGUAUCUAGGGAAGCAGCCUUGAGACUGCCGUGGGCAGUGUGGAUGGGAUCAAAUGCUAAGAACCACUUUGUAGCCUUUGUCGGCGAGUUCGUGGGCACAACCAUGUUCCUCUUCUUCUCCUUCAGCGGCACCCAAGUUGCAAACAUUGGCUCCUCGGCCGCUAGCUCGGACAACACGACAACGGGUGAAUCCUCGGGCUUCUCGCCCAUCGUCCUGCUCUACAUUGCCCUCGUCUUCGCCUUCUCCCUCAUGGUCAACGUCUGGGUCUUCUUCCGCAUCUCGGGAGGCCUGUUCAACCCGGCCGUCACGUUUGCCAUGUUGCUAUGCCGCGCCAUGAGUCCUCUGCGCGGCUUUCUCCUGCUUGCGGCGCAGAUAUCCGGAAGCAUUUUUGCAAGUUACUUGGUGAGCGUGUUGUUCCCGACCAACUUCAAUGUGCGCACGACGUUGGGUGAGGGCACGAGUUUGGCACGUGGGUUCUUUAUAGAAAUGGUGCUUACGGCGGAGUUGGUCUUUACGAUUUUCAUGCUGGCAAAGGAGAAACAUAAGGCAACCUUCAUCGCCCCCGUCGGCAUCGGCCUCGCCCUCUUCAUCGGCGAACUCGUCGGCGUCUACUACACAGGCGGCUCGCUCAACCCCGCGCGCUCCUUCGGCCCCUGCGUCGUAACCGGCAUCUGGGACCAAGAGCACUGGAUCUACUGGAUCGGCCCCGGCGCGGGCGCCAUCUUCGCAGUCGGCUUCUACCAGUUCAUCAAGAUCCUCGAGUACGAGGUGGCGAACCCGGGCCAGGAUGACGACGACAAGGAUCAGGAAAUCAAGCAGGAGAGUGCGCAGAAGGAGAAUGUGGAUCCAGAGAGCUUGGAGCCGGUUGGGCCGCGCAAGAAGAAGUCGCACUCGAUUGAGGCGAAUGGGUUUGGGGAUGGGAGGGUUGGGGGGUAG